GGUUCCCACAGGCGCCGCCUUCUUUUCGGUGCUGCUUAAUCCAGCUCGAAGCGUCUAUUGAGCUCGUAGGGUCCGUCCGCGCGAGAUCAUGGCUCUGUACACGCGGGGAUCGGCUGCAGUGGCCGUGAUUCGACUGUGUAAUCCUCCACUCAACACGCUCAGCCCUGCAACUUUACUGGCUUUAGAACGAGAUGUGAAGCAUGUAAAUACUGAUCCUACAGUGAAAGCUGUUGUGAUUUGUGGAGCAAAUGGGAAAUUUAGCGCAGGUGCUGAUAUCAAAGGAUUUCCCAGGAUAGGUCAAGGAGACAUGCCCAGCUUGGAGGCAGUAGUUUCUCUGAUAGAGAAGAGUGAAAAACCAGUGGUGGCUGCUAUUGAAGAGUUGGCUUUUGGAGGAGGCCUGGAAGUAGCACUGGGCUGUCAUUACAGGAUUGCAAAUAAGCAGGCUCGGGUAGGUUUACCUGAGGUCACAAUAGGCUUACUUCCUGGUGCUGGCGGGACUCAACGACUUCCCAGACUGAUUGGAGUACCAGCUGCAAUUGAAAUCAUCACCACAGGAAGACAUGUGCCAGCAACUGAAGCGCUGAAACUGGGAAUCCUAGAUGGGAUUGUGGAAGGAAAAACAAUCGAAGCAGCCAUAAACUUAGCAGAAAGGGUAGUAGGACAGCCUUUGGGCCCUCGCAGGCUCUGCCAAAAACAAACUCCCAGGCUACCCAACAUGGAAGCCGUUCUUGAUGCAGCUUUUGUGAAGGUGAAGAAGCAGGCCGGUGGGUGCCUCUCGCCGGAAAUGUGUUUCCAUGCUGUAAAAGCCUCUGUGUACUUGCCAUUUGCAGAAGGAAUUCGCAGAGAAAGAGAGCUGUUCAUGUUCCUCUUGACUUCAGGACAGGCUAAGGCAUUGCAAUAUGCCUUCUUUGCACAAAGGUUGGUGGAGAAGUGGGCAUUGCCCAGUGGAGCAUCUUGGAAAACUGCAGUCCCUCAGCCAGUCCGGAGAGCGGCUGUGAUAGGUUUAGGGACAAUGGGACAAGGCAUCGUGGCAUCUCUGGUCAAGGCUAAAAUUCCUGUAGUGGCUCUUGAACAGGAUAAAAAGCAUUUGGAGCUGGCUAGAGGAACUAUCACAGCUCUUUUAGAACGGGAAGUUUUAAGACUGCAACAGAAUGGCCAAACACUGGCUGCCUCUAUGCCUGGUUUGCCUCAGUUCACACUGGAUUUUGGUGCACUGAAGGAUGUAGAUAUGGUUAUUGAGGCUGUGUAUGAGGAUAUGGCUCUGAAGAAGGAAAUCUUCCAGAAGUUAUCAGCAGUCUGCAAACCUGAGGCCUUUCUGUGCACGAACACCUCUUGCCUUGAUAUUGAUGAGAUUGCUUCUGUCACAAACCGCCCUCAGCAAGUUAUUGGUACCCAUUUCUUCUCACCAGCUAAUAGAAUGAAGCUACUAGAGAUAAUCCAUGGUCAGCGAACAUCUCCCACUGCCAUUGCCACAGCCAUGAGAGUUGGCAAAGCUAUGGGCAAAAUUGGGGUUGUGGUAGGGAACUGUUUUGGUUUUGUUGGGAACCGAAUGCUGAAUUCUUACACUGAGCAAACAUACUUCCUCUUGGAAGAGGGCAGUACUCCAGAGGAAGUAGACAAAGCUCUGGGGGAAUUUGGUUUCAAAAUGGGUCCCUUCCGUGUUUCAGACCUUGCUGGGCUUGAUGUGGGCUGGAGAUCUAGGGAAGGGCAAGGCCUGACUGGACCCAGCCUGCCUAUUGGCACACCUCCUCGUCAACGAGAGGGCAGACGAUACAGCCCACUCCCUGAUAUUCUGUGCGAGAAGGGGAGAUAUGGCCAGAAAACUGGGAAGGGUUGGUACCAAUAUGAUAAACCUGGGGGAAGGGUAGCAAACUCAGAUCCGUGGCUUCAUAGUUUUCUUACUGAGUACAGAAGUGCUCAUGGUAUUUCAGUACGCACCAUUAGCCUAGAUGAGAUCCUGGAACGCUGCCUAUAUUCCCUUGCCAAUGAGGGUUUCCGGAUAUUAUCCGAUGGAAUAGCUUCUUGUCCAGAAGCUAUUGAUACCAUCUACAUCAAUGGCUAUGGCUGGCCCAGACAUAGGGGUGGUCCCAUGUUCUAUGCUUCUGAGGUAGGGUUGCCUACGGUUCUAGCAAAAUUGCAGAAGUAUGCUGAGGCUAAUCCUGACAUACCCAAACUACAGCCCAGUGCCUUUCUGCAGAAGCUUGUAGCCUUGGGCAGCCCUCCUCUGAAAGAGUGGUCAUCACUUGUGGGAACUCAGAACAGCAAGUUGUAAUUACACUGCAAGCAGUCUGGUUUUCCCAUUCCAAUACUUUUGACUGUUCCAGUCCAAACUAAAACACAGCGCAUUGUAGAACAUUGUCAGUGUCUCUUCUGAUUCUAAUACAAUGUACACAUCUAUGUAUCCUGCCUAUGUGAGUGAAAUACUGCUGCUUGCAGCAUGCUUUUUAUCAUACCUUCUUGGAAUUGU